CCAUAACCCUAAAAACAGACCCACUUCCUUAUUCUUUCUCUUUGUGCUGUUCCUGAACUUUCAACUUGAAUCUUGCCAUAAAUUUUGCUGUUUGGUUGUGAAGUUUUGGAUGCAAAGGUGAUGGAAAAUGGUAGAGGUAGUAGUAGUGAUAGUGGUAAGAGCUGCCAUAGAGGCCACUGGAGGCCAGCUGAAGAUGAGAAACUCCGGCAACUUGUGAAUCAAUAUGGUCCUCAAAAUUGGAAUUUCAUUGCAGAGCAUCUUCAAGGAAGAUCAGGAAAAAGCUGCAGAUUAAGAUGGUACAACCAACUUGAUCCCAACAUCAACAAAAAGCCCUUUACAGAAGAAGAAGAAGAAAGGCUUCUGAAAGCUCAUCAGAUUCAAGGAAACAGAUGGGCUUCAAUAGCUAGGCUUUUUCCUGGAAGAACAGACAACGCUGUGAAGAAUCACUACCAUGUUGUGAUGGCAAGAAGAAAGCGAGAACGCUUAUCAUCUGUCUACGGUAAGAGAAGUUUCCAUCUUCAUCCAACUGAAUCUAACAAGAAAAUUACUACUCCUGGUUCCAAUUUUGAAAGCUACUAUAGGCUUCAUCAACCACUUGAUCAUCACUCUAAAUUAGGGUUUCAAAGCAAUGGUUACUUCACCAUGUGUUCAAGUUCUUCUCCUUCUUGGACUAUUAGUGCUUCAACCAUCACCAACGAGUCUUUAAAUUUCGAUUUCUUGGAUGGAAAAGGAAAGGGUUAUAUGAAUUCAUCAAGUUCUUCUUCUCACACUAAAGAUGGAUCACAUGGCUUCAAUGGAUCCAUGUAUGGUGGCUACUACCAAAGUCUCUUUGGAUCAUCAGCUCAGAUCUCUAACUCUACGAAAGUUGCUGCUAAUAAUAAUAAUCCUUUAGCCAAUUUACUAAGUUAUGGUGGUGGGAACCAUGCAAGCAAAUCAGCUACAUUGCAAAAAGAGCUAGAAGAUGGAGCAAUCAAUCAAAAGGAUGUUUCCUUCAUAGAUUUUCUUGGUGUGGGAAUCUCUUAAUUAUGAGUUUAAACAUAUAAUUAUUAAUAUCAUCUUCUCAAUUUUCCUGUAUUAUCUAUAUGAAAUUUAGCAAAGAGAGGAGAUGCAUGCAGCUAGCUCUUGGAAUUUUUUUUUUCUGAUUUCCCUCAGUUGUCAUUUGAACUCUCAGGUGACAAAUUACAUAAGCUAUUCUCUACCUUAAUUAAUUAGCAAUGUUGCUUUGAGUUGUUGAUGGGGGAUUUGAUGUCGUUGAAGUUUUUGGUCCUUGGUAUUAAUUAGAUGACAUGUUGCCAUCUGAUUCUGAUGUAUAUAUUUAGAAUUAAUUGAGGUUGAUGGUAAUAUAUAUAGCUAAUGCAUGAUGCUCAAAACCUGAUAAAUCUAGUAUGGCAUAUGUAUACAGUAGGGCUUUUGAGAAGAAAUAAAUUGCAUGCAUCUCAUGCAAUUUCAUACAUGGAUACACUUUGAAGCUAUGCUCUUUAAGACAAAAUUUUCAGGUGCAUAUAUGAUGAUGGUGUUGGAAAAUUCUAUGCAUUAAGUGGGUGUUAUUAUUAAUGGAAGAAUUAUGAGGGGAGAUUUGGUUUGUUUUUAUGAUCUUGGCAUAAAUUUUUAUUUUUUUAAUUUGCAUCAAGAUAAUAAAUUUUAGUUCAUCAAUGCUGGGUUCAAUCUUCAAAAUUAAUAAAACUUUGUUUCCUGAACAUAUUCUAAGAAAAUAU